GCAAAUAGAGAGACCAUUAAAUCAUAUUUCACUCAUCAAAAACUCUGUUCAAGUCCUUCUUUGUUGAAAAGAGAGAGACAAAACUGUAAAGAGCUCAGCUCUUAACUAUCCUGCUCUAAUGGCUUUUUGUUGCUAUCCUGAUAUAUUUACUUGGAUUCAAAACCUUCCUUCAACACUUCAAUGGAAAGCAGAUUCCAUGUCAGUAUGUUUGUGUUCUUCCAGUUCAUCCCAACCAUCCCUUAAUCUUUCUGUUUCCAAGAAUCUUCAAUCUUCAACUAUCUCCUUUUCUAUAGUUGCAAAUUUCAAUCUAAUACCCAUCUCUCUUUGGACCUCAAAACCAAUCAAAACCAACUCCAAACCCUUAAACUUAUUAGAUGAUGAAACAAUUUCUAGUUUCUUAGUUAACAUAAUUGAAGAUGUCUUCUCUUUUAGUUCAAACAAGUGUAAAACCUCCAUUAAAGUUCCCAAGCUAGACUUUAAAGUUUCCAACUUGAAGGAGAUGUUUAACUUCGCAUUUCUCACUCUCACUUUUCUGAUUUGCAUCUAUGAAGCUCCUGCUGAUCUACGACCUGAAUGUCUCAACAAUCUUAAGACUCAGUUGACUAAUUGUAAGCUAAGAGAUGGAUUAAAGAUGCUCAUGAAAAUUAUAGGAUCAAAUUUGGAAGAGCAAUGGAUGCGUUCGAUGAAUCUUGCUAUAACAAAUUGGAUUUCAGAGCUUCAAGCUACUAAUCAAACUCUCAAGACACCAUCACCGCUCUUUUCUUACUCAGUUUCAACAUUUGAGUUGUGGAAAGUUCAAUUAUAUUGCCCUAUUAUUGCCGUGGAUAUCGAAAGUUCAAGCACUGCUUCAAGUGAUGAAAGACUUGCUUUCUCUCUUAAACACCACCAACUUGAAGGGGUCCUCCAAUUCAAUUACAGAGUUAUGAUUCAAGAAAAGUGGGUUGAUGUGAUUCUAAGUAUAGAUAACAUAAGGUGUGAUAUUGUUAGACUAGUGAAUGAGACUCUUAUGGCUGAACGAGGAGUUGGAAGUGGAGAGAAGCAUUUUCCUUCGCGGAUAUCAUUGCAACUAACUCCCAUUCUCCAAUCAAACAUAAUAAGUGUUUCUGUAAGUAAAUCCUCAAAUAAUCCGACGACAGAGAUAGAACUAGAAAAAAGCAUCGAAACUUCUUUUGAUCCUCCCAACAGUUUCUUGGGGCUUAAGCUAUCGGUCGGAGAGACUGUGUCGACAAGCUUGAAGCCAUGGAAAUUUGAGGAAUCGGUUUAUGGGUAUAGCACGAUAUUGAAUUGGUUUCUUCAUGAUAGUAUAGAUGGAAGAGAGGUAUCCUCCUCCAAACCUUCAAAGAUGGCGUUGAUAAACCCUAAAUCUUGGUUCAAAGACCGGUACUCGAGUGCUCAUCGGCCUUUCACUAAGCAAGGAGGAGUGAUAUUUGCCAGAGAUGAGUAUGGAAAUGGUAUGAGAUGGAAGGUGGAUAAAAGUGCAAUAGGGAAGACAAUGGAAUGGGAGAUUAAAGGGAAGAUUUGGUUAACAUAUUGGCCUAACAAAUAUAGAACGUUUUACAGUGAGACUAGAAGGCUGGAAUUUAAAGAAAUUCUUCAUAUAACCAUAGCUUAAUUAGGUCAUGUUAGCCUAAUUAGGUUUUCACUAAUAAGCUUAUACCUCUCAUGCAUGUGCCUUUUUUUUUAUGUUCUUUUCUAAAUUUUAUUUCAAUAAAUACAGUAAUUCAUGUUUGUUUUGUUUUA